UACAUGUUUUGCAGUGUGUUAUGAAUCGAUCGCUUAUCUAUGAGUGAAUUUGCGCUAUGAGAUUCUAGAACAAACUUAGCUGAGUUAACAAGAUAUUAGCUAUUACGUUUUAUGUCGAAAGCUAACCUUACACAAAUUACCUAAUGGGUUUGGCUAGAAGUUGGAUCUAAAGGCAGCUCUCCUCAGUAAUAGAAAGCUGCAUUUCUGCAAAACUUAAAACUGCUAUUCCAGUUCAUUUACCAGCUCGUUUAUUGUGCCCAUUAUUCAAGUAAUUUGAGGACAUCCUGCAGUGAAAGAGUGAAAAUGGCACAGUAUAAAGGUGCGGCCAGUGAGGCUGGUCGAGCGAUGCAAAUCCUUAAACGUCGUGAACGGCAAAAGGAAGAAGUUGAGCUGAAACGACAGAAAAUCGAGCAAGAAAUGCGUGUUUCAAUGGGUGACAAAUUUUCAUCGCACUUUGAUGCCGUCGAGGCGCAAAUUAAAAGCGCAACCGUCGGUUUGGUCACACUUAAUGAAAUGAAGGCAAAGCAACAGGACGCAGUGAAGGAGCGCGAGAAACGUUUAGCACAAAAGGAAAAGGAGAAGCUGGAAGAAAAACAGCGUGCCGAAGACCAAAAGAAGGCACAAAAGGAGAAGCAAAAAAAAGCAAUUCAAGCGCUGUCAUUCAAUCUCGACGAAGACGACGAAGUAGAGGAGGAGAACGGCGAAGUUUAUGACAAAUGCAAAUCAGAUGGCGCUAGUAAAUGUUUCCCAGGCGCUAGCCGCAGUCCAGAGAACUCAAGUUCUUCAGCUGCCGGUAUCUCGGUAACCAAUGUCAACGGGAGUAACCAGAGUAGUGGUGAUGAUAGUCAUGAUAAUGAUGCUGGCCUUAAAGAUUCAAGACUAAACAAAGAAUCAAAGGUUUUAAUUACAGAGAUUAAAGUGAAGAAAAACCCAGACGUCGAUACUUCUUUUUUGCCUGAUCGCGAACGCGAGGAAAAGGAGCGAAUGAUUCGCGAAGAGCUACGCCAGGAAUGGAAAGACAGACAGCGAGCUCUUAAAGAAGAGAACAUCCAGAUCACGUUCAGUUACUGGGAUGGCUCGGGGCAUCGUCGUGUGGUCGACAUGAAAAAGGGCAAUUCAAUUUACCAGUUCUUACAACGAUGUCUCGACUCACUCCGUAAGGAAUUUUACGAACUGCGAGUUGUUUCCGCAGACCAACUUAUGUACAUUAAGGAGGAUUUAAUCAUACCGCACCACUACACAUUUUAUGACUUCAUCGUGACCAAAGCUCGAGGAAAGUCGGGUCCUUUAUUUGCGUUCGAUGCUAAUGAAGAUAUUCGUAUGACAUCGGAUGCAUCGAAAGAAAAAGAAGAAAGUCACGCGGGAAAAGUUUUGUUACGAAGUUGGUAUGAACGGAAUAAGCACAUAUUUCCUGCCUCGCGAUGGGAGCCUUACGACCCAACAAAGUGCUAUGACAAAUACACGAUCAAGGACAAGAAAAAGAACAAAGACGGCAAUGAAAAGGAUUAAAAAAUGCCGGUGUCUUAAGACCUAUAAACUUUUUCAGAUAUCUACAGAUGGUACCACAGGCUAGAAAAUCUGAAGUAACCAGUUGAUUAACCUAGCUUCAGUUGGCCGACUGCAAGAGAGUAACAAGCUUAUAAUACCUCGUUUAAAUAGAUUCUACAGCUGUAUCGAUUACAGAAAGCGAUAACGAAUAGAUGCACAAAAUAUUCUCAGGACAAAUAGAUAUUCGAGAAUGUCUCCGAGGGCUGAUUCGUAGAAGAAAGGACAAAACAAAUACCUUGGGUGGCAUCAAUCAUUGUUUCAUCUAAUAGGAUAUAUUUAGAGGCGAACAUGUCGAUGAGUAAAGAAAGGUAUUAUAUAUUUUACGCCGAGUUGAGAAAACAGAGGUAAUCUGCUCAAAAUUACUAAACGUAAUAAUUUAAGUUCCUGAGUUUCUGACCUAAAAAUGUGUAUAUAAGAAAAAAUAUAAAUGGGUUCAAUUGACAUUGAUUUCGCUUAACAUAUUGGUUUUUUUGAUAGGUUUCAAAACGUUUCGCUUUUUUUUAAGACUGGUAGCUUGAAGACUGUUGUGAUACACUAAUUUGUUUGAGAGGAAGCAUACUAUAUAUAUAGAAUAUAUAUAUAUAUAACAAAAAGCCUACUACUAUAUUGUACCGACACACAUAUAUAUAUGUGUGUCGGUACAAUAUAGUAGUAGGCUUUUCGUUGAGCAUAUUCUGGAGAGAUACUAUAGUGACAUAUAAUAGUAAAUUAUAUUUCGCGUAUCGGCACCCGAUAACAAUGAUUUAGUUAGACUCUAGUGAUUAUCUCAUUUAAUAAGGCACAUACCUGUUGUACACUUGUACAUUAGAAAUAUUUGUAACUUAGGCAAAUGCCGACGAAGGUUAUGAAAAUCUGUUGUACGUUUAUUAACAUACCUCGAUCACUGGUUAUUAUAUUAUAUAAGAUAUAUUAGUAUAUUAUAAGAAAACAGGUAAUAAGUUAAGAUAGAUACUUGAAUUAAUGUCAACUUUUCGAAUUAAUUGGACAUUGAUUUAUCGGAACUAUAAAAAUAACCCUUUAUAGUAUGGUUUAUGAAAAAUAUCUAGGAUAAAGGUAUCAGCGUAACUAUGUGAAUAUUCUCGUGUAUAUGUAAAAUAACUCGCACAAUUAAAUAACAACUCUUUCAGGCACAGAUAUAUAAAACGGCCUGUACUGAUUGCCUGUCAGUAAAAGUGCGAUUGUGUAAAUUGUAAAUAAAUAUGAUAUAUCAGUAAAUCUGCAACGGUCGA